AUGCAACCAUAUACUGAUUAUCAAUGGUGCCAACAAUGUAAUACUAAACGAUUUCAACAAGAUUUUUCAAAGUGGACUAGUAAAAAUGAAUUUAUUGAUAAAUUUAUUCAAGAAGCACAACUAAAUGCUAAAAGUAGUUAUGAAAUUUUAGAGUGGAUACCUUAUAAUAACUCGUCAGAGAUUAAUUAUUAUGAUAAAGGAGGAUUUAGUGAAAUUCAUAAAGCUAUCUGGUUAGAUGGACCUAUUUAUAGUUGGAAUUUUAACAAACAACAAUGGAAUAGAUGCAAUUUUCAAACAGGUUAUGAGGUUAUUCUUAAAACACUUAAUAGUUCAUCAAGCUUAGAUAGUAAAUUUCUGGAUGAGUGGAAAUAUCAUUAUAAUUGUCAAAAAAAAUCAUUUUCAAAAUUUAUUCAAUUUUUUGGAAUUACCCAAGAUCCAAAUAAUUUAAAUUAUAUAAUUGUAAUGAGUUAUGCAAAAAAAGGAAGUUUGAAAAAGUGUUUAUCUGAUAUAGCUAAAUUUAAAUGGCAAGUCAGGUUACAAUUAUUAAAGAAUAUUGUAUCAGGACUUAAAGUAAUUCAUGAAUCAAAUUUAACUCAUGGUGAUUUUCAUGAUGGUAAUAUUUUAAUGUCAGAUGAUUAUAAUGAGUUAUUUAUUAUUGAUUUAGGAUUAUGUAGACCUAUAAGUGAUUUACAAGAUUCUGUCAAUAAAGUUAAUAAAAUUUAUGGAGUUUUACCUUAUAUGGCGCCUGAAAUAUUAAGGAAAAACCCUUAUACACCAGCAAGUGAUAUUUAUAGUUUUUCAAUGAUAAUGUGGGAAUUUACAUCAGGUAUCCCUCCAUUUAAUCAUGAAGCACAUGAUAAUCACCUUACCUUAAGUAUUUGUAAAGAAGGAAGACGCCCUGAAAUUAUAAAAAAUACUCCAAAAUGUUAUAUAGAUUUAAUGAAAAGUUGUUGGGAUUCAGAUCCUUCUAAAAGACCAACCAUAAAAAUGCUUGAAAAUAUUUUAUCUGAUUGGAAUAUGUGUAUUAGUGAAUAUUAUAGAUUCAACAGGGAUGGAAAUUAUGUCUAUAAAGUACCUAAUCUUGAUAAUCAAUUAACAAAUAAUAUGUUAGAAUUUGUAGAAGCAGAUAAAGCUUUAUUUCAAGAACAAGCAAAUACCUCUGUUAUACAAUCUCAUUCACAAGCAUAUUAUACAAGUCGCAAACUUACUGAAAUUUUAGUUCAAGAAGAGACUCAAGGUCUUGAUUGUAUAAUUGAAGAUUAA